AAGCAGUGGGUGGAGAUGAAACAGCACCUGUUUAAACCAGAUGAGGUGGCAGGGACACAAGAACCGGGAACUUACACAGAAAGAAGGACACAGUCCAGGCUGACGGAAUAGCUCAGAUUCAUCCAGGUACAGGUGAACACAGAAGAGAUCCCCUUUGUACCUGAUUUCAGCAGACUGACAAACACGUGUGAUGGAUAGAGAGGACACAAUGAAGAGGGAAAAAUACGCUCCAACACCUCUGACAGGCACAGAGGAAAACAUCUCUGUAAAUGUGGAGCCUUGGAAACCAUGGCCAAAAACAAGACGGACAGUCAUUGCAUGCCUGCGGACUAUUAAAGAUGUGUUGUUCCGUAUCGGUGACGACUGGUACUUCCUGUUUGCUCUGGGUGUGAUUAUGGCAAUGAUCAGCUUUGCCAUGGACUUCACCGUCUACAAGGCCCUGGAUGCACACAGGUGGCUAUUUCAGGAACUAGGAGAUAACGUACUUUUGAAAUACUUAGCAUGGACUGUCUACCCAGUUGCAUUUGUAUCCUUCUCCACUGGUUUUGCACAGAGCAUAAGCCCAUUCUCAGCAGGAUCUGGAGUUCCUGAACUGAAGGUGAUUCUGACAGGUGUAGUCCUGGAAGAAUAUCUGACAAUUAAAACAUUUGGUGCCAAAGUGGUAGGCAUGACCUGUACCUUGGCUGGAGGAAGCAUCAUAUUCUUGGGCAAAGUGGGUCCAUUUGUACAUAUUAGCUGUCUGGUAGCUGCUUAUCUGGGAAGAAUGAGAACUUCUGUCACUGGUGAAUACAUGAACAACAGGAAGAGGUAUGAGAUGUUAGUAGCUGCUGCAGCUGUUGCCGUUGCAAGUGUCUUUGGUGCUCCCAUUAGUGGAGUACUAUUCAGCAUAGAAGUGAUGACAACCAAUUUUGCAGUGAAAGAUUAUUGGAGAGGCUUCUUUGCUGCCACAUGUGGUGCAUUCAUGUUCCGGUUGCUUGCAGUCUUCAAUAGUGAAACAGAGACAAUCAUUGCUCUCUUCAACACAGCAUUUAAAGUUGAUUUUCCAUUUGACAUCCCAGAAAUGAUAUUUUAUGGCAUACUUGGGAUUAUUUGUGGGUUUGUAAGCUGCGCUUAUCUAUUUUGUCAGCGAUGGCUACUGGGCUACAUCCGGAGGAAUCGAUUUACUGCAAAACUUUUGGCUACUGAUAAAGUAAUGUAUUCUGCAUUGAUUGCCUUUCUUCUUGCAAGCAUUACUUUUCCACUAGGACUGGGUCAGUUCAUGGGUUCAAGGCUUACAAUGAAAGAACAUCUCAUAUCCCUUUUUGACAACAAACAGUGGGUUCUUAUUUCUCAGAAUUCUACUAUCAUCAGACCUGAUGCUGUUGAUCCCCAAAAUCUAUGGCUUGAGUGGUGGAAUCCAACAUUUACCUUCCUUGGCACUUUGUUCUUCUUUGUUGUAAUGAAGUUCUGGAUGCUCAUAUUAGCUACAACAAUGCCCAUGCCAGCAGGAUAUUUCAUGCCAGUACUCAUUUAUGGGGCAGGAAUUGGUCGACUAGUAGGAGAGUUUCUAUCAUAUGUGUUUCCUAAUGGCAUCAUGACAAAUGGUAUUUCCUGUACUAUUAUUCCUGGUGGAUAUGCACUUGCUGGUGCAGCGGCAUUUUCUGGAGCUGUUACUCACAGUCUUGCCACGGCCCUUCUUGUAUUUGAAGCAACAGGACAGUUUGCUCAUGCUCUUCCUGUUAUUAUAGCUACCCUUGUUGCCAAUGCCAUUUCUCAGCGACUGCAGCCUUCCUUCUAUGAUGGGACCAUCAUUGUGAAGAAACUGCCUUUCUUGCCUCAGAUUAGCAGUGCAUGUACCGAUGCCUUCAAAGUGACUACAGAACAAUUCAUGAAGACAGGGAUAAUUAGUUUAACAAAAAGUGCAGAUUACACAGAAGUGUUAAAUGCUGUCAUCUCCAGCAAUGAGUCUGAAUAUCCUGUUGUGGACAGCAAAGAUUCCAUGAUUCUUCUAGGUUCUAUAAAAAGAUCAGUGUUAAUUAGAUUUCUCCACACACACAGUCAAGAUCAAGCAGUUGAGGCGAAGGACAGUGUGAAUAAUUUAAGUGGCGACCUUUCACAGGACUGUGACAUUGAUGAAAUAACAUUUCAGCUUUCUACUCAGACAUCCCUACACCAGGCUCACAGCAUGUUUGAACUACUUAAGCUGCAUCUCAUCUACGUAACCAGAGCUGGGAAGGUAGAGGGUCUAGUUACAAGAAAUGAGCUGAGGAAGGCCAUAGAAGAUCUGGCUGCUGGAAAAUUAACACCCCUUUCAAAAUGAGAUAUAAAGCAAAGAGUUUUACUUCUUCCACCAAGCCAUACCAUGUGUGCAGCAAUACAAUCACCUGGCAGGAAUGCAGGCCCUAAAAGUCGACAACUCAGCAAGUGGAAUUAAUCACAAAUAAUAAAGGUGUUAUAAGUAAAACAUCUCUGGAAUUCUGAAAAAAAAAUCCUUGCAACUCAUAAUGUUUGCCUACAGUACUCAGAGAAGUCUAACAGACACCAUCUCCAUCUACACUAUAAAUGACUUAGUGCUCUUAUAAUUUAUCAGAAUGAAAACUAUUGGAGAAUAUGUAGAAUGACUUUCAUCCUUAUAUAUUUCCUUCAUAUUUACAGUAUGUGCCACAGUUUUUGUUUUAUUAUUUUGAUAAAUGAAGAGAGAAAUCUUGUAGCACACAAAUUGAGCUCUACAUAUUGAUGUAUAAAACACAAGGAACAUGAGAGAAUGACAUAAUUUCAGGCAUGUAAUAAGAAAUAAAAUUAUUUAUUCA